AAAGUGCGGACGGAGCGCAGGGAGAGGUGCGGAGCCCCCGGAGCAGCAGCGUGAGCCAUGAAGACGAAGGUGUUCCUCGGCCUCAUCCUCAGCGCGGCGGUGACCGCCUGUCUGUGCCGGCCGGCAGCGAAGGCCCCGGGGGGCUCCCACCGCCCCACCUCCAGCCUGGCCCGGCGGGAUUGGCCCGAGCCCCCGUCCCAGGAGCAGCAGCAGCGCUUCAUCUCCCGCUUCCUGCCCCACGUCUUCGCAGAACUGAGCGACCGCAAAGGCUUCGUGCAGGGGAACGGGGCGGUAGAGGCCCUGCACGACCACUUCUACCCCGACUGGAUGGACUUCGGUCGCCGGAGCACAGAGGAUGCGGCCGAUGCCGCGUAGCCCCGCGCAGCGCCCCGACCCUCUCAGCACAUCUCUGGUCCCGCAAUAAAGCUUUGGCACUCCC